AUGUCCGAUUCAAAAACCGCCCUUCUCUCCCAAUCCGAACCCAUCGACCCCCCACCAGCCUACGACGCAACAAGCAACAACAACCCACCAGCAACUCGUACACCGCUACCCCGUCCGCCGCCGCUCUCCCUCCCGGUGCUCAAUGAGCUCCGCGGCAAGCGAGUCAUCCUCGCCUCGCAGUCCCCGCGCCGCAGACAAAUUAUGUCUCACCUCGGCCUGCCCAAUCUAGAAGUCAUCCCUUCCAAUGCGGACGAGGACUUCCCCAAGACAAUGGAGCCGUUCGAGUACGUGCUCGCCACGGCCACGAAGAAGGCGCAAGCGGUCUAUGAACAAGAGAUCGUGAACGAGGAGAAGGGCGAGCCGGCGCUGAUUCUCGCGGCGGACACCAUCGUCGUGGAUUCGGCUAGCGGGACGAUUCUUGAGAAGCCCCGCUCCGAGGCGCAGCAUAUCGCCAUGCUGAAGUCGCUACGGGAUAAUCGUGACCAUAAGGUGUUUACGGCGAUGGCGGCUAUGGCGCCGUUGGUUAGUGCGCGGCAGCCGGGGUAUGCGCUUGAGACGGCGCUGGAGGAGACGAGGGUGCGGUUUGAUGGGGAGGUUACGGAUGAGUUGAUCUUGGCUUAUGUGCGGACUAGGGAGGGGGCGGAUAAGGCUGGUGGGUAUGGGUUGCAGGGGUUGGGGUCGAUUUUGGUAGAGAGUAUCGAGGGGAGCUGGGAUAAUGUAGUGGGUUUGCCGUUGAAGUCGGCUUUGAAGUUGAUUGAGAAGGUGGUUGAGAAGGCUGAUGAUGAUGAUCGGUUGUCGGAUGGUCUUGAGGAAGCGGAAGAGGAGAGUGAUUAG